AUGGACCGCGUGGGCAACCUUGCUGAAACCGAGGGCGCUGACCCGGCGCCCUCGGUAGACAUGGAAUUCCUGGCGCCGAUCAACUUCGACGAUUUUCACAACAGCAUAAUGGCAGAACCUAGCUUAAACCAUUUCCCGAUGCCGGGGAAUGGCGGUGCGGAAUCUGAAAGUCGGGAUUCCGGCUUGUCAACAAAUAGUACCUGGACAAACCAAAGCUACGAUAGCAAUCUCUCGGAGCGGGCACGAGGCGGUUCGGCUCGCCGCAAGAGCGAGGUUUCCCGCUUCAAUAACCAGGCUCCUCUAGAUUCGGGGCUAUCUCAGUCUCGAAGUCGUCGUCAAAGUUUCGCACCACCUAAUGCGCGAACUUCACGCAAGUCUAUCAGCUCUGGGGCAUUCGCUCCAACAAGUGCCUCCGCCAGGCGGGCCAGCUUAAGCGCUCGAAAAGUCAGCACCGACCCAACUUCAACAAGCACCGACCAAGCUUCGCGAACAGAUCCCAAUAGCUUUUUACGACCAACUGAAAGCAAAGUACCAUCUUCCGUCCGAAGCUUGAAGGCAAAGUCGUUCCAGCCCGUACCACGCGAACCUCGCGGAAACUUUUUGACGGCCUCUGGGCUGCCCGACCAUAACCGCUCCUCGUCAACCAACGCAGUCCGUACUCCAGUCAAAAAUAAUUCUGGCACGCCUAAUACCCCUUCGUCAUCCUCCAAACGUACGUCGGUGCUUCCGCCCCAUGCAACCGGUUUAGGGGCUCGUACGAUCAGUCCUACGGAUGCUAGACGAGCGAAGCGCAUGUCUAUGGCACCUCCCGCGCCUCCUAUGCCGCAAACUCCCCCCACGCAGACAGAACCUCUUCCUGCGCGACCCUUGUCGACAAAUCAAUCCCCGUCCUUUCUUCCGAGGAAAAGCGUCACCCCUUCCUCUAACCGAACAACCCCAGAUCCGAAUCGCAAAUCAUACAGCUCUGGGUUGUCUUUGUCAUCGACCACCAGUUAUAACUCAAUUCGGAACUCAGGGAGCUCUCUUCAACCUCGUCUGUCUCAGAACUUUUCCUCGUCUCGGCUACCUACGCCGAAGCCACGGACAGAGCAGGCGUCUUCCAACAAUGAGGAGGAAGUGCCACCUGUUCCAGCUAUACCUAAAGCCUACGAAUCCCCUAAAGGCGAACUGGAAACUCCGGUAUUCCCCGCCCCAAGAAAGUCCAGCUUGCCGGCGGAUAUGAGUCUUCUCAAUAUCGCACGCGACUCUGACUCUGAUGUUCAUGGUGGCAUUGGAAGCACAGCUGAGGACCCGGAGCGGACCAUGAAAACACCAGAGUCGCGCACACGAACUUCAACCGUCCUUGGUCGCAAGGGCCUCCAACCCUUGAAGCUACCGCCCUUGAAUUUGCUUCCUCUGGAUACCCCAAUGACUACUAAGAUCGAAGCAUUGAAGGAAAGAGAAAACGAGGAACGUAAGGCAUUUACACCAUCGACUCAAGUCAUGUCAAAGACUCCCAGUACACCAAUGACCGCUUCCAAAGCGAAUUUUUGGUACCGAGACGAGGAUGACCGGGUACCUGCUACACAGGCGCGGAGUAGCACGUCACAUUUCGCGCUUAGUUCGACUUCGACGGCUGCAUUGCGAACUUCCAGCAGCACCAGCGCAUUCGGAUCAUUUGAUACCCCGAACGGAACUCGCAACAUCUCGCCCUAUGCGUCGUACACGUUACCAAAGAGCACUGCUACUGAACUGAAUUCUCUGCGGCACCAAGCUAGUGCUGAUUAUUCCAAUCGGAUAUCUCAAUCAUACAGCAAACUUACUGGGCCCCGACCUCAGACUCAGAGCGCUAUUUUCGCGCCUCCCGUGGCAGCGAGACUCAGUCAGGCAUCGACACCAUCUGAGCCCGAGAGCACUGCUACUGUGCCUCCUUCUAACCUUCGUGAUAAGUUGAAUGUGGCCCGGAUUCGGAGCAAUUCGAAAGCGAAGCCUCCUUAUGAAGCGGAUACCGACCCGGCUAAGUACGAUCAUAUGCCACCGCCCAAGUUACCGGCUUCUGCAACCUGGAACGCCCUAUCGUCUGUGCCCUCGACAAGCCCCAUCUCGAAGACUUCGUACCUCAAACCCCGGCGGCAGUCUUCUGUCUCGAGCAUCGCGAAAGACUCCACUUCUCGAAAACCCAGCGUCAGCAGUGAACACACUUUGGAACGCACUCUUACCAAUGAUUCUGUUGAAAGUGAAAACUCCCACAGGCGUGUUCCCGCGAACUACGUGUCACCUAUUCAUAAGAUUAUCAGCAAUGCUCGAAGCAGUGCUGCGGCUUCCUCUCGCUCGCCUGAUGCCAAUAUCGAUGCCGAUGUGAUCAUUGCCGAUGAGGAAAUGAGGAGACUAGGAGCCAAGCGGAAAGAUUUCGAGAAAGCAGCAAAGUCUUUGGAAGAGCUGCGUCGCAAAGCUUGCCAAAAAGAUCGUGUCAGCCCAGCUCAAGCUCUGAAAAUGGCAAACUUGAACAUCUUCGAGCGUGGGGAGAUCAUCGACUAUCGUGACAUCUACUUUUGUGGAACGCAGAACGCGAAGAAACAUGUUGGAGAUCUCCAUUCUGGUGCCGCGAACUUCGGCUACGAUGAUGACCGUGGCGAUUAUAAUAUUGUCAUUGGUGAUCACCUCGCAUAUCGCUACGAGGUAGUGGAUGUCUUGGGCAAGGGCAGCUUUGGACAGGUUGUACGGUGUGUUGAUCACAAGCGCGGUUCAUUGGUCGCUAUCAAGAUCAUCCGCAACAAGAAGCGGUUCCACCAGCAAGCCCUAAUCGAAGUCAACCUGCUGAAGAAGCUGAAAGAUUGGGACUCUGAGCGUCGUCACAGUGUGGUCGAGUUUGAUCAAAGCUUCUACUUCCGUGGUCACCUUUGCAUUUCGACCGAGCUGCUGGGCAUGAACCUAUACGAGUUCAUCAAAGCGCACGACUUCCGAGGCUUCUCCCUCAAGCUCAUUCGCAGAUUUACGAAACAAAUGCUUGGCAGUCUUGUUCUCCUGCACGCUAAGAAAGUGAUCCACUGUGACUUGAAACCCGAAAAUAUUCUACUUGUUCAUCCGCUGAAUUCGGAGAUUCGAGUGAUUGAUUUUGGAUCGAGUUGCUUUGAGAACGAGAAGGUCUACACCUAUAUUCAGAGUCGUUUCUACCGUUCCCCGGAAGUCAUCCUUGGAAUGUCUUACGGCAUGCCCAUCGACAUGUGGAGUUUGGGAUGUAUCUUGGCAGAGCUUUUCACAGGCUAUCCGAUCUUCCCGGGCGAGAAUGAGCAGGAGCAGCUGGCAUGCAUCAUGGAAGUUUUCGGUCCGCCCGAGAAGCACCUGAUUGAGAAGAGCACACGCAAGAAGCUGUUCUUUGAUUCGCUGGGCAAGCCCCGAUUGACUGUUUCAUCCAAAGGUCGUCGCCGUCGCCCAAGCUCCAAAGAACUCCGUCAAGCUUUGAAGUGCGACGAUGAGGCAUUCUUGGACUUCAUCACUCGUUGCCUCCGCUGGGACCCCACUCGCCGAAUAUCACCCCACGAGGCGCUGAAGCACGAGUUCAUCACCGGAAUCAAGCCCAUCACCCGGCCGCGCAUGUAUGCUGCGCUCAAUUCUCCAUCUAAGCGAGGAACCACCACAACGUCGAAUGCCCGCCCACUUCCCGAACCUCCAAGUGCCAGUCUGAAGAGCACUCGCACUCGUGAUGCCUCUGGCACUUCCCCCAUCAAGGGAGUAGGGAAACGUCACUCGACUAUCACCGGUCUGCCGCCGUCCAGCCCCGCUAAGCGAGCGUCUAACACUUCUACCACGUCCGGAACUGGUCUGCCUCGUGCCUCUGCGCGAAGUAUUAGUGGAAAGCCAGACCUCGCCACCGCGGCGGCUGCGACCAGCCUAGUGAGUUGCGAUGGAGCCACUUGA